GAAGCUGGAGUCAGUUGCCGUGUUGAUUAUUUUUUCCGCCAACUCGGAAAGGUGACGGCAAAACCGGCUAGGGAGAACCCGAAGAGAUACUGGAUUGAGAUAGCGACCUCCAUGGAGCAGGCCUGGGACGUUGAUGAUACUCGAAACCUCGGCCACAUUAUCCACGCAUUUUUUGGUCGACACUCGUCACUGAUUAACCCAAUCUGUGAUGUGAAUGGUGGCUUCAUUGCUGACAACUCGGCGAAGGUCGAGCGCUGGCCUGACCACUUCGAUACCAAACUCAACACCUUGCUCUCAUCUACAGCAUACCUAUUCUCUCUCUUUCUCACUUAG